AGAACUUCAGGAUGAAAACGCCAGUCUUCGGAAAACAAAUGGAGCACUUCAGGAUGAGAUUGCUAGGAGGAAGGCUCAAUUCAAGAAAGCCUGGAAGAAUGAUCCAUUAUAUCCUGAUUGGCAGAAAGAGGUAAUCAAAGCUGCAAAUGUGACCCUGGAUGAAGCCACUGCCCAUCCUGCCCUCCUCGUGUCUGAAAGAGGGAGGCGGGUUACCUGGCAAGAAACUUGUCAAGAUCUUCCCAGCUCCACACAGAGAUUCAGCUCCAUUCCCUGUGUGCUGGGUCAGCUGCGCAUCAACUCAGGGAGAGCCUACUGGGAGGUGGAGGUUGGGGACAUGCAAUCUUGGGACCUGGGAAUUUGUAGAGAUAAUGUGACAAGGAAGGGGGCAUUCAUUAUGUCCCCACAGAAUGGUUUCUGGGCCAUUAGGCUCUAUGACGGGGACUACUGGGCCCUCACCUCCCCGGAAACUUCUCUUCCUCUAAGAGAAAGACCCCUUAAGGUGGGGAUAUUCCUGAAUUAUGAGGCUGGAGAUGUAUCUUUCUACAACAUGACAGAUGGAUCUCACAUUUUCACCUUUCCCCAGAACACAUUCUAUGGUGUCCUAAGACCACUUUUCAGACUUUGGUCCUCUGACUCAGGCUCCCUAACCAUCUGUUCAGCUGAAGGAGAAUGUACUGAUGUAAUUCAUAAGCCUACCCUCCAGGUGAAAUGAUCACUUUGCCCCAUAGAAGAUGGCACUUCCCCCCCAACAAGAUAUAUAAAUAGAUUUUUUCCUAGUCCCUACUGGUUCAAUGUCAAUAUGAAGCUCUGGGACUCAGACUUAAUGAUUGUCCCUCAUAUCAAUUCUCCCUCUUUUCGUUGUGUAUUCUUUCUCAUUAUUACCUUUUCCUAUGACAGCCUCCUGUAAGUACUAGAUUUCCUAGACUCCCCUGGUGCAUGUGACCAAAGGAUGGUGGUGUAUUAAAAGGUGAAUUACAAGGAUGUGUCCUUAAAGGAAAA